AUGCUUGACGAAGUCGAAAUCCAAUGCCGCUUGAAGCGAACCUCUCCAGUCCCCAACUGCACACUUCCCUUCAAUGAGCAGGUCUGCCCCAUAUGUUUCGAGCCAUACAUACCAAAGAAUGAGGUCUCGGCACAUGUGGAUCUUUCAAGCAAAGGCGCAUCAGAGAUCUCCGUUCGAGUCCGGAGCUGCUGGCCUGGCUCAACCUGCCGACAUGCUUUUGGCCAUAACUGCAUUGAGGCCCACAUUCGUAGUGCUGGUCCGUGGAGUAACAAGUGCCCAACAUGCCGUGAGGAGUGGUUCCCAGAAGAUGAAACUCCUCCAUUUACUUCCACGGACGGUCGUAUAGACAAUGGCGGCGAUAAUCACGGUUCGCAUUUCACUUCGAAUCUUUCUUCACGAGAUAAUGCCAGAGAUAAAGCCCCACUUUCCCUCGAGAAUAAACCAAAGUUGAGCGAUUCAAGCUGCAAAGAAUCUGAAGCACCAAAAAUUGACUUAGGUUGUGGAGGUUGUGUUGGUGGCGUUGGCAGGAAUUUGAUGAGGACGCCGAUGGCUAACAUGGAAGGGCUGUCAAACCGGGGUAAGGUGGCCCGCUCAGUUCAGUUCCUUGAACGCAUACUUCUUACCUCAAACAUCGAUGACGAUCAUCCGUCCAUUUCCUUUAGGGUCCAAGAUGUCGAGUUAGCGAUUGAAGCUCUGUGGCAUGCGCUGGAAUGCAGGGGAUGA